UAGAUAAUCGAGGAUAAAGAUGGCCGCACCUGCUGGUGCGAUGCACUACAACGCGCAGAUCGUCUCCGACGAGCUGCAUCAGCACUCCAGACAUCUCUACGGGAUUCAGCAUCGAUUGCAGGAUCCUGGCUCUUCGCCGCGCUCCGAGGAGCCACGUUCACCUCAGGAGACACGUGUCCGUUCGCUCGAGGAUCGUUUUGCAGAGGCCGAGGACAGGACGCAGAUGCGAUACAGAGAAGACACUGAUAAACGAUAUCAUCAGAAGGAAGUCACUGGUCCAAACGUCUUCAUCGAGGAAUCCUUACAACGCAAGUGCUACGAACCUGGAUCAUCGCCUAGAAGAACGGAUACGUCGUCACCGCAGGGUAUGAACUUCCUGAACUCCAGCCAGGCGAAUUCCCUGGGGAAGACUUCCUUCUGCAUCGAUGCUCUACUUGGCCGCGCUACAGGUCGAUCCUUGAUACCUGAGAACACAUCCAAACCAUUCGUUAGAUCCAUACAGGAGUCUCAGGGUAGAUGCGACUCACCUGGUAGAAGACAAGAACCCGUAGAUCCCAGAAAUUCUGUCUUGGGUCAUCCUCUUCAUUCGCUUAUGCACGUCAGACCGGAUUCACCAGGUUCUGCAAGGAGCCAGUCAGGUAGACCUGACUCUCCGUUACUCAGAGAAGCAUCCAGUCAUAGAGACCAAACUAGACCAGACUUCAGACCGGAUAAUGCAGAGGAUGAGACUUCGGUAGACGUGGAUCCAACUCGCACGGGAAGUGCCAGUCCAGGAAGCAACGCAAGCAGGAGUCCUGUCUCCAGUCCUCCGAUAUCCCCAGGAUCAGAGGAUCCCACAGGCAACGGUGUCCUGGGUCAUCAGAAUAUUACUCCCAAUUCCUAUGGGGUGUCUUCUGGGGUAAUCCGACAAAAUCAAGGGCUGCUACUUCAUCCAGGAGGUCCAUUGAUACACCCUGGAGGACUGUACUAUCAUCCUGCGGGUGGUAGUGCGUUUCACUCCAUACAUAAGGAGGGUCAACCUGUGGGACAUCCACAAUCUGGAGGACUUCAUCCUCAACAACAUCACAUUCAUCCCCUACAAUUGGAAUGGCUCGCCAGGACUGGCAUGCUGUAUCCAAGGUUGCCUGCUGAUCUUGCUGGUUGCGCAGCUCAACAUGCUCUGCUUGGAAAAACACGAAGACCAAGAACGGCCUUCACGUCUCAGCAGUUGUUGGAGCUCGAGAAACAAUUUCGACAGAACAAAUACCUGAGCAGACCAAAGAGGUUCGAGGUGGCGACCUCGUUGAUGCUUACAGAAACGCAGGUAAAGAUAUGGUUUCAAAACAGGCGAAUGAAGUGGAAGCGUAGCAAGAAGGCGCAGCAGGAAGCAAGAGCGACUGGGAAGGUCGAGGAGACCGGAAGUUCGCGAAGCGCAGAUCGUGAAACAGGAAGUGACGUCAGCGUGAGCGGUAGCAGCGUACCGGAAGAGGGACGAUCUUCGUCUCAGGAGAGUCAACGGGGAAUCACCGAGAUUCAGGAACCACUUUAUCGGCCUUAUGUAGUGUAAAAUGGUCCGGGAUCCGGAUGUCGCCUACGUGAAGGUCCUGAAGAAAAUGAAAGAGACAGUGUAACAGUGGAGUGUGUAACGUGGAGAAUAAUAUUUAAUAAUAUAUAAUGACUGCGAUGGAUUUAGAAUAUCUCCAUCACUCUCAGGUUCUUUCAUGGAACGACUUGAAGUUUUCUACGAAUGGAUCUCUAGAUGAAAUCUUUGUAAAUAGAACCAGCCACUUGACCUCGAUGUAAAUAGGGGGCCAACGAUAAGGGCCGGCGAGCACUGAAGAAAAAUUGUCUAGGCUUUUACUUAGGACUCGAUCGAUAACCAUGAUCUUGCCAUUUUGACUCUGCCGAAGUCGAUCGUGUUGACAAAUUGCAUUACGAUCAGAAUGUAGUUAACAAUUUGCAAUCGGUUCGAGAUGAGAGAUUGUUAAUUGUGUUUCUAUAAUUAGAUUAUAAUUUUUAUCGGUUCUUGGGAGAACCGAUCGUGUACAUAGUAGUACCUAUGUACCUAUUACGCUUUAAAAUUUUCGUAUGUUAGCGAAGGAAUUUUAAAAAUGAAAACUGACAGGGAACCGAUUUGAAUAAAAUAUUGUGGCCAUUAUGCAAAAUGAAAUUAUGGUUGGCCAAAGCGACGUUAGAAAAUGACAAGUCUAGCCUAUAAUAAUUUUUAAGUAUUUAAGCACGAUUCCGAAUUUGUGUUAUUAAUUUAGGCGAUAGUUGUAUAUUGAAUAUAUAUAUACAUACGAGGAGCAAGUAUUUAUGAUAUGUGACGUGAAUGUAAAUAAUAUUCGUGUACGAAUAAGAAAUAGAGAAUGUGAUGCCAGAACCUAAUAUAUUGGGAGAAGUUCCUAAAAUAAAUUAUACGAAAAUGAUUAAAACAGAAAAAAGAAGGAAAAAGAGUAAUUCGCCGCUCGGUAGGGCGGCAGGAAUUAUUUAAAGAACCAACCCUUAAAGAAUCAUCCCUGCGUUGAGGAAUGUCGUUAGGAAAAUCCCAUGGGAAGAAAACAUUCUGGAAUUUGUUUCUCUGUAAACUACAGUGGGUUGUAAGUACGUGAAUGUUCAUACAUUACAGAAAGCCAUGGAUACUGUAGUUACAGGGUGGCUAUGUGGCAACUAGAGGGGGUUGAAGACCCACGGGGUGAAGGGGUUGCUGGGGUGAAGUGGGAUUGUCGAAAAUUUGCAUGAUGGCUGCUGAUUGGGUAUAUGGCUCGUAAAAUGAGAAUAUUUCAACAAACUCAUCCCUUCGUUAGGUAUACGUAUAUUAAUACGAAAUCAGAAAUGAUUCGUGGGACGUCGGGCAGUUCCAUGACUCAUGCCUGGAAGAAGGCAAAGAAAAGAAGAAGGUGAAAGACGAGGAAAAGGUACAUCGCUAAGUCGCCAUUUCCAAGCCCAUCAGAUAUUUAUGACAUGGUAAUUCCCAGUUACGAAUUCCGUGAAGUUUCGCGCUCGGCUGGAGGCUGGGGAACCGGAAAUCGCGAGGCACCCGUUCGGAAAUGUUCCCUCCAAGGAAGGAGGUAGACGACUGUACCAGAGCAGGAAGUGGAAAUAUUUGAAGAACGUGGAUCGAUGUCUGUACGCAUCCUGGAUAAGAAUAA